AUGGCAGGCAAUGGCGUACAGGUUGGACCGUGGGGAGGUAAGGGUGGAGUUAAUCCCUGGACAUUCAUCCCUGAUGGCAGAAUUUGCGAGAUCCGUAUCAGUGCCUCAGGCUGUGUAGAUUCAAUCAGGUUCACUUACAAGGAUCGUGAUAAUGUCAAACACCAUUCUGAAACAUAUGGUGGUGAUGGUGGUUCACCUCAUACGUUUACAUUUGCUGAUGAUGAGAAUCUCAUCGGGAUUACCGGAACUGUGGGAGUAUAUGCCGGCUACACUGUGAUUACGUCAUUGUCUUUCCUAACCAACAAAAAGAAGUAUGGGCCAUAUGGCACAACCCAGGGGACUAGUUUCUCGCUUCCAGUCGCUAAGGGUAGCUUUGGUGGAUUCAGCGGAAACUACGGGGAUUACCUCGACUCUUUCAGUGUCAUUCUUCAUCCCUAUUAG